AUGGCGCGUCCUAAAACAGUUCGCGCACCGACAACAGCCAGUCUUCCAAACAACCUCCGCAUUCCCUCAUCGACUCCGUCUCUCACAAAAUCCCUGGGAAAACUAUCCAGACAAGCACUACUGGACCUGGUACUUACAUGGCUCGAUGAUGGAAACGUUGCCUCAUUUCCACCAUACCUCCAGACCGACGAAGAAAAUGGCCCCGACGAUGACGAAGCCCUCCCCUACCCCGCUGGGGAGACAAUUGAGGAAGUCCGCCAAGUAUAUGAAGACCUACGGGACCGAAAGGGUGCAAAGCGUGAGGUUCUCGAACGAAUCUUAGACGGGGAUUGGCGGCAUGGAAUCACACUGCGCCAGCUGGCCAUGGCAGACCUCCGCUACAUAGAUGACCACCCCGCCAGCCUUCGAUGGACCGCACUCGAGCUCAGCCGUAUUGAUAAAAAGCGCAAGAACUCCAAGGACCCUCCACUCGCUGACUGGUCUGGCUCCGUACCGCGCAUGCAAGCGGCAACAUUUGUACAAGGCCUCCAACGAGAAAUCUCCCCAUUGGUCAAGGCACAUUACCACCUCGCCCACUCGGCAACACUGCCGCUGACAUUCCUUCGUAUCUUUGUCAUUGACUCGCCAUAUCAAUCCCCUAGGCAAGCAGCCGGGAUCUUCACUGAUUCGUCCCGAGUCAUCUACGUCGCUUUCCCGGAUAGUUGCCCCUACGUCUACACUUCCAUAACAUCAUCUACCGGAUCGAAAAAUGCUCCUUCGACAAGCCCAGUUGCUACUGAUACUCGAACUCUUCAGCGUCUGGUACGCGAUUCCAUUCCCAAGGCUUUAUCCCGCCCACAGGAACGAUUCUCUCUGCAGGCGACAUCCCUGGCAGCAAAGAAUCUGCCUACACUCCUAGCCCUCCGCGGCCCGGGAAGAUCAACGGCAUCAAAUGGCGCCUUCAGCAUCUUCGCGGACGCAGCCAUUGAAGGAAGUCCACUGGACCCUCGACCUUCUAAUACAGUCUCGCCCGAAGAGCAUAUUCAAGCGAGUCAUUCUGGUCCAGCAGAAGGCCAAAAAAACACAAGCGGUUCAAUGAUCAGACGAAGGUCCAGCGGUAUAGAUCCAGACAUCGUCUCUCCAGAUUCCAAGAAACGCCGUCUGGCCAUCCACUCCCGAUUCGGAACUUUGGGGUCAUCAAUCGCCCCGGCACCGCUGGACCUCCUUGAUAUCCGAUUGCUCGAUAACCCAGGCUGCAAUUUUGAACAGGAUGAUGAUUUUGAUGAUUCUACGUCCACGCCACCUGCCGUGUCACUCACUUUCUCUGGCUCCGAUGUCAUAAACGGGAUUCGCAAACUUGCCGAGCUAGGCAUCAUUGACCCUGGGCGUAUGCCAUCGUGGAUGACUGGCGAGGAAGGAGUUAGUGUUGCGACUGUUCGACAGGGUCACAAGCUUCAAAAGGAAUUAUAG